CCAUCAGGGAACAUGAGUGAAUUUUGACACAAACUAGGCCGCUGCAUGCUAAAGAGACCCCAGUCACAGAAGAAGAGGAGAUGGAUUGACUGGACCAUGACUGGGGAACCAAUGAAUUUUGUCCACCUGACUCAUAUUGGCUCUGGGGAGAGAGAUGGACUUGUCAUGACAGGUGCAUUCAGGAGCAGAUUAGAUCCAAGGGAAACUAAAAGGCCGUAG